AUGGAUGCUACUUACAAAGAAGAAAAACCACUCAAUCCAAGAUCAAAGGCUAAUAUUUUUGAAAUUGUAACCUAUGGGUGGAUUUUAAAAUUUAUCAAAAAAGGAUUAAAACAAGAAUUUGACUUGGUUGACUUGUAUAAUGUUUUGGAUGAUGAUUCGUCAGCUUUAUUGGGAAGUAAAUUACAAAAAUAUUGGGAUGACGAAUUGAUAAACGCAAAAACUAAUAACCGGAAUCCUAGUUUUCUCAAGACGCUAUUUAAAAUGUUUGGCACAAAGUUUAUGUUUUAUGGAAUUACUUUGACGGUAAUCCAGAUUAUUUUAAGCAUAGGCAUUUCGACUACGGUAGGACUAAUAGUCAAUCAUUUUGAAACUAAUACGUCAUCUUUUGAUCAAAAUCCAGUUGGAGUAUAUUUAGCAAUCGGAUUAAUUACUCUUUUGUUGAUAAGAUCAAUUGCCUUUAAUUCCUACAGCAUGUCAAUUGCACAUAUAUCGAUGAAAAUGCGAGUAGCGACAUGUGAUCUGAUUUACAAUAAGGCAUUGCGACUCAAAAUAAAUUCACUGGAUCCGAGUACAACUGGACAUAUAAUAAACUUAAUAUCAAAUGAUGUUAACCGAUUUGAUGUGUCUAUAGUAUGUAUACCUUUUUUAUGGCUCGGCCCUUUGGAAACAUUUGUUUCUAUUUUUUUUUUGUGGCGAGAAGUAGGUGUGUCAUCAGUUAUAGGAGUGGGUGCGUUACUCAUAUUUAUACCAUUACAAGUCUGGUUGGCGUCAAAGACAUCUAUUAUUCGAUUAAAAACGGCGAACCUAACCGACAAGAGGGUUCAUUUAAUGAAUGAAAUAAUAUCGGGAUUACAAACAAUCAAGAUGUAUACUUGGGAACCAUUUUUUGAUAAUCUUACAAGACAAUUAAGAAAGAAAGAAAUGACCAAAAUUAUUGAAUCGUCGUACAUAAAACGUAUUUUGUCGUCGUUCUUUAUAUUUAACACAAGGAUCGCAUUGUUUGUAAACAUUUUUUCAUACGUUCUGCUCGGAAACUACAUAACCGCAUCAAAAGUUUUUAUUAUAACAACAUACUAUACCAUGUUGCGGUCGUCAUUAACAUUACUUUUCCCACCAGGGAUAAGUUUAGCUGCUGAAUUACUAGUUUCAAUCAAAAGAUUUGAGAAUUUCCUAUUACGCGAAGAGAAGGAUAAACGACCAAUAAGUCAAAAAAAUACUACUACUUUGUUGGAAAAAUCAAGUAAUGGUAUUGAAAUGCCAAAUAACAAUAGUAGCAAACAAAAUGAUACUGAACAAUUAAGUAAUUCUAGUAUAGUUGUAUCGAACGCAACCGCCAAGUGGUCAGACAAUCAAACCGAUAAUACAUUAGAAAAUAUCAAUUUAACUGUAAGACCAGGUCGUUUGGUUGCAAUAAUCGGUCCAGUUGGAGCUGGAAAAAGUUCGUUGAUACAAGCAAUUUUACAAGAGUUACCACUUUCUGAAGGAAACAUUUCAGUGCUUGGAGUAGUGUCUUACGCAUCACAAGAACCAUGGUUAUUUGCAGGUUCUGUAAAACAAAAUAUUUUAUUUGGUUCACCAAUGGAUAAGGAUCGUUAUAAAAAAGUUAUACAAGUUUGUGCAUUGAAAACUGAUUUAGAACAGUUGACAUACGGCGAUAAAACAAUAGUAGGGGAAGAGGAGUUUCUUAGUGGUGGACAAAGAGCAAGAAUCAAUUUAGCAAGAGCAAUAUACAAACAAGCAGAUAUUUAUUUAUUGGAUGAUCCUCUAUCAGCAGUUGACACUCGUGUUGGAAAGCAUUUAUACGAAAAGUGCAUAAAAAAUUACCUCAAAGAAAAGACUUGCAUACUCGUAACCCAUCAGAUUCAAUACUUAACUAAUGUAGAUCAAAUUGUUUUGAUGGAAAAUGCAAAAGUGGUAGCAGAAGGUUCUUAUAAAGAACUUCAAACUUCUGGUUUAGACUACACUAAAUUACUCGAAUUGUCUACUGAAACCGCAGUUUUACCCGGUAAUGAUACUAAAAUGGAUAAAUCUAGCCAUAAUAAUAUAGCACGGUCCAUAUCGUAUAGUCGGCAAGAGUCUAUCUUAAGUGUUGGGUCAUCAAUCGAAGAAACCAAAUGUAGAGAAAUUAUAACUGAACCUGAGGAAGUAGCUGAAACCCGUUCUUCGGGAAAUAUAUCAUUUAAUGUUUAUAUGUCAUAUAUUUUCGCUGGUGGUCAUUUGUGCAAAGUUAUAAGUUUAAUAUUGAUGUGUAUCUGUACGCAAUUCCUUGCAUCGGGUGGAGAGUAUUGGGAUAACUUAUUGGGUAAAUUUAGAGAAACAUGUGUUUGGUGCAACAAAACCUAUCAAUCAAAACAACUCUACGACACACUAACAAUCUUAAUCGUAUUAGCUACCUUAGCGGAAUCAACUUUAUUAGUAUCUCUAUGCACUACGGCAUCAACGAAUUUACAUAAUAAAAUGUUCAGUGCUAUUACAAGAUCAACAAUUAAUUUUUUAAAUAAAAAUCCAUCAGGGCGAAUUCUUAAUCGUUUUUCAAAAGAUAUAGGACUAAUUGAUGAAAUAUUGCCUAAUGUAUUAGUCGAUGUUUAUACAGAAGGAGUUACUCGGAGCCCUAUAUAUACUCACGUGAAUGCAUCUAUCCUAGGACUGACUACAGUAAGAUCAUUUGAAGUAGAACAAAUUCUUUCUAAUGAGUUUGCAAUCCACCAGGAUCUACAUUCAUCAGCGUGGUAUUUAUUUAUUGCUUUGGGGAGAGGCAUUGGACUUUGGAUUGAUAUAAUUUGUCUAUUAUUUAUAAGUACUGUAACGUUUUACUUUGUAUUUGUUAAUAAUGAUACCUAUGGUGGAAAUGUCGGGUUAGCUAUUACACAAUCAAUUGGAUUAGCUAGUUUGUUCCAAUGGGUAAUUAGACAGUCUGCGGAAUUGGAAAACCAAAUGACGUCUGUCGAAAGAGUUUUAGAAUAUUCAAAUGUACCACAAGAACCAGCUCUUGAAUCGCAUCCCGACAAGAAGCCAUCAAAACCAGAUGCACCAUUUGUUUUGAACAAUUUGAAUUUUAACAUUGCACCUGCAGAAAAAGUUGGGAUUGUUGGAAGGACUGGAGCAGGAAAAUCAUCUUUGAUUGCAGCGUUAUUUAGAUUAGCUUAUAACGAGGGUAACAUAAUUAUCGAUGGUAUAGAAAUACACGAUUUGGGAUUACACGACUUGAGGUCCAAAAUUUCCAUCAUACCUCAAGAACCAGUUUUGUUUACAGGAACAAUGAGAAACAAUUUAGAUCCAUUUGAUGAAUACCCAGAUCAUGUCCUUUGGAAAGCUUUAGAUGAAGUGGAACUGAAAAACAUAGUUGAAGAUUUGUCAAAUGGUCUAAACUCAAAAAUGUCAGAAGGUGGAUCUAAUUUCAGCGUUGGUCAAAGACAAUUAGUAUGUUUGGCUAGAGCAAUUAUACGAAAUAACAAAAUUCUAGUGUUAGACGAAGCCACUGCAAAUGUCGAUCCACAAACUGACUCUUUAAUUCAAAACACUAUAAGAAAAAAAUUUUCCGAGAGUACUGUAUUAACGAUUGCACAUCGCUUGAAUACAGUGAUGGAUUCUGACAAGAUACUUGUAAUUGACGCUGGGACAGUUGUUGAAUUUGAUCAUCCACAUAAUUUAUUGAAAAAUGAAGAUGGAUUUUUCUACAAAAUGGUAGCACAAACUGGACCAAACAAUGCUCAAUCUUUACACAACAUAGCUUAUGAGAGUUACAAUAACGUACACAAUAUGCCAAGUGAACAUCGAUUGACAAGUAUUAAUGAAGAUGAAAACUAA